AACUGGCUGCUGCAAGUGAGUCCACCUCUCUGUAAGUGUCUGUUUGUGGGAGGCCAGCUCACUCCAUGUCCACAUCCAGACAACAAGCUGAUACAGAUGUGAGCAGAGGCCGGGGACUGGCAGCCCCCCUGUGCAUGUGGAGUGUGGAACACCACAGCAGCGGUCUCUGGGCACAGUACUUUGGCUGCUGUCAGUGCAGAAUGAGCCCAGAACGGGAUGGAGAGCUCAGGGGGUGGUAGGUGUCUGCGGGUCGCAAGGACAGGACCCCAAACAGUUCCCCCUUUUCCAGGUCACCUAGCAGGUGCGCAGGUGGCGGAGGUUGUGUUGUGGUGCAGAUAUGAUUUAAGCAUCGGAUCUACACAUCCAACAAUGAACAACAGUACGGAGAUCACACUUUAUAGUGCAAAUGUGUCGCCAUCGAACAGCACGGACCUCAAGGAGCAGAAGAUAUCGGUCUUCUUUUCCAUCGUAUUCAUGACUGUGGGAAUAACGUCCAACAGCCUCGCCAUUGCGAUACUCCUGAAAGCCUACCAAAGAUUUAGAAAGAAGUCCAAAGCCUCGUUUCUCCUGUUUGCCAGUGGCUUGGUCUUCACUGAUUUGUUUGGACAUCUCAUUAAUGGGACCAUAGCUGUCUAUGUCUACGCUUCGGACAGAGACUGGUCGAAAUUCGAUCACUCGAACAUUCUGUGCAGCAUCUUCGGCAUGUGCAUGGUAUUCUUCGGCCUCUGCCCGCUCUUACUCGGGAGUGUGAUGGCCGUUGAGCGGUGCAUUGGCGUCACCGAGCCAAUCUUCCACUCCACCAAAAUGACUUCAAGACAUGCCAAAAUCAUAUUGGCAUUCGUCUGGCUAUUUGCCAUCGCAGUGGCCCUGCUACCCAUCCUGACUUUAAGGUCCUACCAUAUCCAGGCCACCAGGACGUGGUGCUUUCUUAAAACAGAACAGAUCAAAGACUGGAUGGACCAGUUCAAUCUGCUGCUCUUCUCCUCCCUGGGACUCCUAGCCCUGGCCAUCUCAUUUCUGUGCAAUGCUGUGACUGGAAUAACGUUGCUCAGGUCCAAACUGAAAAGCCAGCAGCACAGGCAAGGCCGAUCUCAUCAUCUGGAGAUGAUUGUCCAACUUCUGGCCAUCAUGUGCGUCUCUUGCAUUUGCUGGACCCCAUUCUUGGUAACAAUGGCCAACAUUGGACUAAAGAACUAUAAAUCCCAGGAGGCUAAUGAGACAAUACUUUUUUCUCUCCGAAUGGCCACGUGGAAUCAAAUUUUGGACCCGUGGGUUUACAUCCUUCUGAGGAAAACAGUCCUCAAAAAACUUUUCACAAUCGCCAGACGCUGCUGCGGCGUGGAAAUCAUCGGCUUACACGCUUGGGAAUUUAGCUCCUUCAAGAACUCUUUGAAAGUGGCCACCAUUUCGGAAUCUCCCAGCAGCACACGAACAAACACUUUCAGCAUCUCCCAGAAAGCUGACACAGAACAAAAAUGUGAACUCAUGCAAACUAAAUAGAUUUCCUCCUUUAUUUCCUAUGGCGUCUCCCGGUGUACCACAGGCUGGUAUCGUGCGAUGCAACAUCAUUUUCAUCCGUUUGUUCAAUGAGUUACUCCAUUUGAAUCUACCAUGAAGCUUAAUAGGCUAGCUAGAUUUAUAUUUAUUUUUUCAUAGCACGCAGGUCCAUUCUGUGCUAGGUAUGAAUAUACUGCAAGCCAUAAAACAGUAUAGACUUUGUACGUCGCAGUCCGUAACUUCUGACCUGGAGAAUUUCGUAGCAAAUUAGGCCCCAGAUUUAUCAAGCCUUGGAGAGAGAUAAAGUACCAACCAAUCAGCUACUGACUGCCAUGUUACAGGCCGUGUUUGAAAAAUGACAGGAGAUGGUUGAUUGAUACUUUAUGGGGAGACGUACUAAGCCUUGAAAAGUGAUGCAUUUCAUGGUGAUAAUGUAGGAGCUGAUUGGCUGGCACUUUAUCACUGUGCAAUUUAUCAAUCUCCAAGCCUUGAUAAAUCUGAGCCUAACUUGGCUACAUGGAUGUGGGAAUGGGUAAAUUCAUAAGAAGCUGCACCUCUACUAUGAUAGACUCCAUUCUCCCCCAGGUCAGGUGUUUAUAACAUGGUCACAAUGGAGAAUAUUCUAAAAAAUGGUAUUAAAAAUAGCAAAAAAAAGAGAAAAACAACCUCAAAUGGUGUGAGGAUCAUUUAUAAUAUUAUAUAUUACCAUAAUAAUUAAUAACAGUAGGUAAUUUCCACCGGUAACGGAAUAACUUUUUUUGCAGUGAUAAAUACUACUCAUUAUACAACUGCCACCACUAACGUCAACCAAGCAUCAUAACCCAACAGCCCACAAUAAUCCCUAUAUAAAAUACUAUCAAAACAGUAUUAAUAAAGUGCUACAGUAUCUUGUGUAAGUUAUCCUUGAUAAAUCAGCCUACUUUCAAAGUCAGUAACGGAAUCACCAUUCAGGAAACAUGUUACUAUGGCACAGAUUUAUCAAGCCUUGGAGAGUGAUAAAUUGCACGGUGAUAAAGUACCAACCAACCAGCUCCUAAAUGCCAUGUUACAGGCUGUGAAUGAAAAAUGACAGAAGCAGCAGCGGCUCCCACCUCGGUGGAGGAGGGGAGCUUCCUCUGGCCGUGCUGCUGGGUCCCUUCGCCAUCAUCCCUAUCGCCAGGUCCCUUCUCCCUUGUCCCUGCCGCGGGUCUCUGCUCCCUCGUCCCCACCAUCGGACGGUCCCAGCAUCAUUAUAAUGUAGUUUACAGAUGCCGGGACUGGCACAUGUGCAUUAGCGGCGACGGUACUGCGUACACGCAAACCCCGGCUUCUAUGGACUGCAUCGGCUGCAGCCCAUAGAAGCUGGCUAGGGCUGACGAGGCAGGGAGCUGGCUUCCCACAGGAAGCCAGUUCUCUGUCUAUUGAAGCCCGGUCUGGCAGUCCUGGAGGGAGGAAACACCUCCCAAUGGGACUGCCUGUAGUGUCUGUGACUGGCAGGUAGGACUUCCAAUAGGAAGCCAGUGCAGUCUUACAGACUGCAUCUGGCUUCACUGAUACUGAGAGAGAUGGAGGAUUUUACCUGGGGGACUGCAGUCCUGCAACCCAUAGGAACACCCACCACUGGUUAGAAGCUGAUUGGUUGUUACUUUAUCACCGUACAAAUUAUCACUCUCCAAGGCUUGAUAAAUCUGGGCCAAAGUGUGAGUACACAAAAUUACUAAAUUCAGCUUCCAGAAUUAACUCAAUUUUAUUGCAAUCCUUGGGAUACGUCGGCAUAAAUUUGGUAAAAGUUUGGCAAUUUGUGUAACCUGGGCACAAUUUUUAAUACAGUAUUGCAAACACCAAGCUGUGGCAACGAAUCACGAAGUUGGUAUUAAGUAUGGUUACAUUUAUUACAAAAUUACUUUUUAGGUAAUAUCUCAAAAUCUGAAUAAAUAAUCAAACAUUUUUACCUUUUUUGGUAACAGAAUCAACUUUACUGUUGUAUGUUUAAAUGUAACCAUAUCAUGGAGAGAGAAUUAUUCAUGGCUGUGAAAUGUCCAUUCUAUUAACUCUGAUGGUGAGAUAAAAUCUAAUAAUUUAAUUAAAUACAUAUUUUCAUUGCUUUAUAUGCAAAUGAAGUCUGCCAUACUAUUGUUUUCAGUCAGUGAACACUGAUAGUUUAAAGAACCCUAAUAUCAAGCACUAGAUCACAAAUCCUAAUUAUUUUCCUCUAUUAGGAAAAUAUAGCACUUCAGCUGAUCAAUAACGCCAACGCCUUGUUCCUAUGCUGGCUUUUAUGGCUCUAUGUCCAUAUUUUUAUGGAUUUGCCCAGUACAAAAAAUGUUUUUCAUUUUUUUUUUUAAAAAGACCCAACAUUUUAAAAUUGCUUUUACUUAAACCUUAAUUCACUUGAAUGUACCUUUAAAUGUAGCUUUUCCAAAUUUAUAUUUAAAAAAAAUCUAUAUUUAAAUGAUUUUUAUUUUUAGGUAAUUUCUUUAAAAAUAAUUUAGACAAAUUUAAGAUUGUUUUUUUUCCCCUGAAAUUUAAGCUAUUUUUUUUUCUAUCUGCCAUUUUUGAGAAUAUUCUCUAACAUACACCUUGCCAUAUUUUAUUCAGUGUAUUUCGAUUACUACAACAUUAUCGCAUAAAAUAGAUCUAUAUUUUUUAAGAAUGAAUGUAAUUGUUUUCAAUUGUAUGUGCCAUGUGUAGCUUUGUCCUAUUCAAUUUGUGCAAUAGUACUGUAUAUAUGAAAAUAUUUAUGUUGACGGAGUCAAAAAUACGUGUGUUUUGUGUGUGGCUUUUUAUUGUACAAAUGUCCAGGUUACUGAAAAUUUUAUGGAGGACACAAAAGAAAAAUACAGCGUGGAUUAUUGAUAGAAUGUGUAUUGUUGUUAGUUUAUGACAAAUCAUUUUGUAUUAAAAAACCCCAAACUGU